AUCAGCUGUUUGUUUGUAAUUUCAAAAUCAACUUAAAUAAAGUAAAUUCAAAGAAAUGUCUACGUUUAAGCCGAAGUUCUUAAAACCAGAGACGGACGAUGCAAUUACGGAUAGUGUGGGUGGUGAACAGCAAUCCUCCGCCUUUGUUUUCAACGCUAAUCACAAUCUGGGACUUGUGGAACAGAGGGAGCGCUUACCUAUAAGACAGUACCGGGAUCAGAUACUAUACUGUUUGGAGAAGCACCAGGUGGUGAUUCUAGUGGGUGAGACAGGCAGUGGCAAGAGCACCCAGGUGCCCCAAUAUCUCUACGAAUGGGGCUGGCAUUCCAAGGGACUCAUAGGUAUCACCGAACCGCGGAGGGUCUCCACCGUUACCCUGGCGAAUCGCGUGGCGCAAGAACGCGGUGAACUGGUAGGCGACACGGUGGGCUAUGUGGUGCGCUUCCUCGAAAGGAUCACCGCGGAGACCAAGAUCAAGUUCAUGACCGAGGGCAUCUUGCUGCGCGAGCUCCUCGCCGAUCCCCUGCUCACCCAAUAUGGUGUUAUCAUCGUGGAUGAGGCCCACGAGCGGAAUAUGCUCACCGACAUGGUAUUAGGUCUGCUCAAGAAGAUCCUUCGCAAGCGCAGCAGCCUCAAGCUCAUCAUCUCAUCGGCCACCAUAGAUGCGGGUUUCUUCAGCGAGUUCUUUAGCUGGCCAGGAUCAGGAGAAGUUAGCGUUAAGUUAACCAUCGAAGGACGCAUGCAUGCUGUGAGUAAUUUCUACCUCAACGAACCCUGUGCCGACUAUGUCAAGGAAACGGUGGAGACGGUCUGGAAGCUGCACCAAAAGGAGCCUCCCGGCGAUAUUUUGGCCUUCUUAACUGGCCAAGAGGAAGUCCUGGAGGCACUGGAUCUCCUGCGCGAGUACAUCGCCAGUUCGGAGCAAGAGAACCUCAAGGUGCUGCCCAUGUAUGGCAGCAUGUCCAGCACCGACCAAUUGGCUGUGUUUUUCACCCCACCCAAGGGAGUGCGCAAAGUGGUGCUAGCCACGAACAUCGCAGAGACUUCCAUCACCAUACCAGGCAUAGUCUACGUCAUAGAUUGCGGGUACGUCAAGGUGAAGUGGUACAAUCCCAAGACCAGUAGCGACAGUCUGGUGGUUGUGCCGGUCAGCAAGGCCUCCGCCAUCCAGAGAGCAGGACGGGCAGGUCGCAUGCGGCCAGGAAAAGUAUACCGUUUGUACACCAAAACAGACUUUGAUGCACUGGCUCCUCGACAGCCGCCAGAGAUGCGACGCAGUGAAAUGAGCGGAGCUGUUCUGCAGCUAAAAGCUCUGGGUAUCGGGAACAUCCUACGCUUCGACUUUCCCUCUCCACCGCCGGCACAAAAUCUUCUUUCUGCCCUGGAAGGGCUCUUCGCCUUGGACGCCAUCGAUGAGCAGGGCAAUCUGACCAAACCCGUGGGUUAUCUUCUGGCCGAGCUGCCCUUCAGCGCUAUGCUAUCGAAGAUGCUCUACGUUUCCGGCCAGAUGGGCUGUUCCGAGGAGAUUAUAACCAUCAUUGCGAUGCUGCAAGUGCAAUCUAUAUUCUCGCGCCCAGUCUCGGCCGCUGCCCAGCAAAGUGGACGCAUAGCCCAUCGGCACUUUGAGGUGGCUGAAGGUGACUUCAUUACGCUCUUGAACGUUUACACGGGCUUCGUGGAGGAGGGCAUGACCAAGGAGUUCUGUGGCCAGUACUACCUCAUCUACAGAAACCUUAAGAGGGCCGUCGAACUGAGGGAGCAGCUCAUCACAUUGGCCAGGAAGAAAUACGGCAUUCCCAUCUUCUCGUGCAAGGGAGAUGUGGAAACCUUGUGCAAGUGCAUCACUGCCGGCUUCUUCACCCAGGUGGCCUAUCUGCACCACUCUGGAGUCUAUCGACAGAUCAGCAGCGGCACCGAACUGGCCAUACAUCCGAACUCCACGCUUUAUACACUGCCGCAGGCACAGUACGUGGUCUACGGAGAACUGCUGCAGACAACGAAGCUGUUCAUGAACCAAGUCACGGUGAUCAAGAGGGAGUGGCUGACGGAAUUGGCGCCUCAUUACUACCAGCAAACCACAGUGCGGGACUAGCAGAUAACAUAAACGCCUCUUGAAAACAACUUAAGCUAAAAGGAUGUGAACGAUGUGAUGAUUCCCUUUCGGAGUCUAACCAGCGGCAACGCGUCCUCGACCCUGGAAUAACAUCAUAGACUCCGGACCACGAAUGACGCGCGACAUCAGCUCCCAGCACAUUUUGGCGGGCAAAAGACUGAAAAACCGAGAAUAGUUACCUCAGAUAUUAGUAUUUAUUUAUUUAAGUAUACCCACCAUUUAAGAGGAGUAAGCAGGCGAAUGGAGUUGGGCAGGACGCACCACACCUCGUUACAGCGGACGGCGUUCUCGAUGCGAUCCGCCACAUAUUGCGGCUCCAGCAUGGGCAUCAUCCGCGGACGAACCCCUGAGAACAUGCCCGUAUUGAUGUAGUACGGGCAGAUUAAACUCAUCUGGAUUUGAUCAUAGCCAUGGGCUUUCAGAUCCGUGAGCAGGCUUUCGUGGAAGCCGAUGCAGGCGUAUUUGGUGGCCGCGUAAUCACUGCAACCGUAGGUGCCCAGCAUUCCCGUCACCGAGCCCACGGUCACAAUGUGACCGCGAUUGUUGCGCAUCAUGUGCGGCAGGAACGCUUUCACGGUCCAGUAGUGCGAAAUGAUGUUGAUGUUGUACGUGUUUUGGAUGACCCGAUCGUGCAGCUCCCAGAAGGGCUUGCAGCACACGAUUCCGGCAUUGUUGAUCAGUAUAUCCACGGGACCCACUUGGUCCGUGACCUGGCUGGCCCGUUGGUAGAUUUGCUCCCGAUCCGAGAUAUCAACCACAUAGCCCUUGCAGUUGUCAUAACCAUGUUUGGCCAACAGAUCCACAGCUGUCUUGAUGGCUGCGUGGAAAAAUAUUAUCGUAUAUUGUUUAGCUAAUCAAAUUGUAAAUGUAACAGCUUUCACUGGCUGUCGGGUUUUUUGACCCGCUAUGCAGAAGCUGUGACGGAGUAAUUAGCACCGGAGUGCGAUUUCUCAGUCCCCUACCUUCUUGGUUGAUAUCCCAGAUGACUAUGCGGGCCUGAAGUCGCGCGAAGUUUAACGCAAUCAGGCGACCAACUCCGCCGCCACCUCCUGUGAUGAGCACCACCUGGCCUGAGAUGUCCUGUUGGGGUGGAAAAUAAUAUUAAUUAAUUAAAUAUUAGGAAGCAAUUGUAAAAAGCAAUUUUAUGUUUUUGUAAAUGGUAAAAAUUUACUUAAACAAAGAAAUAUUUGUAUUUGAAUGCCCUAAUGUUAUGCAUUUAAAACGGCAUUUAGUUUUAUAGAUAAAUGAUGUUAUAUAAAAUUUAAUAAUUUAUGCAGUCCAUCAAAUAACUAAA